AUGGCUAGAGGUCUUCAUGCUGCUCGUAAAAUGCUUGCUCAAAGAAGAGCCAAUAAAUGGGCUGAUAAAGAAUGGAAAAAAGGAAAACUUGUAACCAGAUAUAAGUGUAACCCACUUGGAACUGCUUCACAUGCCAAAGGACUUGUUCAAGAAAAACUUGGUAUUGAAACUAAACAACCAAACUCAGGUAUUAGAAAAUGUGUCAGAGUUAGAUUGUUGAAAAACGGUAAAAAAAUCACUGCUUUUGUUCCACGUGAUGGUUCACUUAACUAUGUCAAUGAAAACGAUGAAGUUUUAAUUUCUGGUUUCGGUAGAAGAGGACACGCUGUUGGAGAUAUUCCAGGUGUUAGAUUCAAAGUUGUCUGUGUUGCUGGUGUUUCCCUCUGGGGUCUCUGGACUAACAAGAAACAAAAACCACACGCUUAA